AUGUAACUCUUAACAGGGCCUCCUAGAGAAAAGCCCCCUGCCCCAUGCUUUAAUGAGCUGGCAGGCAUCUUGGUGGCAAGGUCCCUUCCCAUCAAAGUCCACCAACCUUCAGUCCUCAUGAGAGUAGUCAAGUAUGUGUAAAAAAGACUGAAGCUUUUCUGCAAGAGUCCAGGACACCACAUUGGUCAGCAUUAUGCUUCCCAUGAGGAGGUGAGGAAAUUGAAGCUUUUCCAUGCUAAAUCAACACUGCUGGUCCUUUGAUUUGACUUCCUGUGGAUGUUCUAUGGCUAUCUAAUGGCUUCAGCGACAUAGAGAUGUUGCUUAGGGAAGGUACAUAUGCAGAAAGUACAUUAAGAAGAAGAGGAUAAGAAGAAUAAAAUUUACAGAAUUUUAAAGGUUGAAGAAAUAUGGAUACCAAACUGAUCAUCAGUACUGCCUUCACCAGCUUUUUCAUCUUUCAGCUUCUUUUUCACUUUGUAAGUUACUGGUUUUCAGCAAAAGUUUCUUCAGGUUUUAUUUGUCUCAACUUCGAAAAGAAGAUUGAAUGGAACUCAAGGGUGGUAUCUACAUAUUCUUUGAUUGUUGGGAUUCUGGGCCUGUACAUUUUCUUUUUUGAUGAGGCUGGCCGAGCUGAUCCAAUUUGGGGUGAUUCAACGCUUGGGAAAGUGAAUAUUUCUAUUGCUACCGGCUACCUUCUUACAGAUUUGUUGAUUAUCAUUUCGUAUUGGAAAGUGAUUGGUGACAAAUAUUUCGUAGUUCACCACUGUACAGCUCUAUAUGCCUACUACUUUGUUCUGAGUCAUGGAGCACUGGCCUAUGUUGGGAAUUUUCGCCUGCUCGCAGAGCUGUCCAGCCCUUUUGUGAAUCAGCGGUGGUUCUUUGAAGUUCUAGGGUAUCCUAAGUUUGCCAAGGCUAACGUCAUCAAUGGGAUCCUCAUGACCGUGGUGUUCUUCAUGGUGCGGAUUGCUGCCAUACCGCCGACCUAUAUCCUCCUCUAUAAUGUGUUUGGAACAGAACCGUACUUAAGGCUUGGAACAUUAAUCCAGUAUUCCUGGGUCACCACUUGUUUUGUUUUGGAUGUGAUGAAUGUCAUGUGGAUGAUCAAAAUUUCAAAGGGGUGCAUCAAAGUCAUCUCUCUCAUCAGACAAGAGAAUGCCAAAAAUCGUCUUCAGAAUGGAAAGCUUGACUAACAGUGGGGCUGUUGAUUCACAUACUUCAUUACUACCUGCAUUGUAUCUGCUGAUAUGAUGAAUUCUUGGCAUGUUCUUGUGCUUCUUUAUUAAUUAUACUUGUUACCCAGUACUUUGGUAUCUUUUUUUAACCUUUAGAAAAGAGAAAGUAAAGUUAGUUUUUAUCCCAAGAUUUCUGAUUUCCUUCUGCAUUAUAAGCAUGAAAAACUCUUAAAGAUUUAAAUAAAAAAUUAUAAAUAUAGUGGUGAAUCUUUUCAGGAAUCUGUUAAUCUGCAUUGGUAUUUUUCUCUGUGACAAGAUGGCCAUGCUAAUUUGGUGCACUUACUUUUAUGUCACCAAUUUUGCUAAAAGAAUGGAAGAUGCUUUUACAUCUAGAAAUAGCUGUCAACAUUUUAUUGAUCCAUACUCAUUUCUUACUAUGGCUGUCAAUACUUGAGUAGAGUUUAUUUUCUAAAUUGUUGGAAUUUUUUUAGGCUAUUAGAAGCGAUGUAUUUUUCAUUUCAGAUAUGCUAUCUAUUAAUGAUACAGUAUUUUACUUUGGGAAAUUUUAGUUACUUUGGUCACGGGAAAUACUUCCUGCACUUUUAGAUUUUUCAUAUGUCACUUUAUUAUUUUGAUUUUUAGCAUUUUAUGAAAAGAUUGCUUUUUAUUUUAUAGUAAGGUUUAAGGCAGAUCUUAUAGACCUUCCUAAGAGGUCCUCUAAAAAUGCAUGUUAUAGAUGACUAUUUAGGCUAAGUGGAGGAAUGAUUUAAAAAAAAUAUCAUUUCUAUUUGCAAAAUCUUCCUAGAGUUCGGAACCCAGCAUCAUCACUACCAAAGUCUUAGCAAUAUGUGUUUAUCAUGCUUCUAAGGUAGGCCUCUUCUUGAUGAAACAAAACUACAGAAAAAUCAGUAUUUGUGUUUAAUUCACAGUUUGCACCCUGCUUAAUGAGCAUUUUGAGUGCUUUGAAUUUCUAUUUUUCUUAAAGAAAAAAUUUAUCAUUUAAUCCAAGUAUUCUGAUUAUCAGUAUUGUCUUAUAUGAUCAUAAAUGACUCAAGACUGGUUUUUUUUGUUUUUGUUUGUGUGAGUAGAUGUGUUUGCUUUUGAUUUGGUUCUUGCAACCUAUGUGCCUAAAUGUUAUGUAGUUAACUGUUGUUGCCUAUAUUUAUUUUUCUCAGAUAUUUGACUUUAAUGAUUGUUCUUACCUAAGAAAAAAAGUUUAAUUUAACCAAGGGUGAAUACUUGAAUUUAAUCAAGCCAAAUCAAAAGAUCUAAUCCAUUAGGUUUCUCAGUUUGAAAGAGAAUAUUUCAUUCACAUUCUUUGUGUUGUGCUGAUGAAGGGAGGUUGGCUUUAUUAAGACUUUCAUUUGUUUGAUUUGGUGGCCUAAUGCUGACAGAACCUAAUACAUUUUACAUUUUAAAAAAGGUUAGUAACUAAAUGAUACGAUUGUUGGCUUAGACUAGGUACAUUUAUGUUUGAAAGACAAAGUAAUGUAAAAGAUGGAUAUUUGUUUUUAAAGCUACUAAUAUUACAUCAAUAAUUUGUUAUUAAAUUUAGUGCCUUCCACAUCAGAGGCACUUUAAUAUCUAUUGGUUGUUUAGAGGGGGCAGGGAAUAUGUGGUUUUAUCUCGUUCUUUUCUCUCUCUUUUGCCAGAAAACUGGAUUUUUAAAAGUAAAACAUUUAUAUUAGAAAACUAUUUUGGAAAUCCAUUCCUGGAGACAAACAAAAUUUGAAAUAUUUUUGACUCUUUGGAUAUUUCUAUAGUUUCUGAACACAGAUUUUAAAACCACCAUCAAAAUGAAGACAACAUAAAACUGUAUUAUUGAGUGUCUGCAUAGCAAUUUCAGUUUUUAUAUUUGCUAUGUCAUGCUUAGAGUUUUUAUUUUCAUGGACAGUAUUUUUCUUUAGUGUGGCUGCUCAUUAAAUAAGUGUAUUUAAAAUAUCAAUGUUUUGAACUAACAUUUGUUUUUUAUCCUUUGUCAACAGUCCUUACUUUGGGCUGGCCACAUGAAGCCAGCCAACCUCCAGAUUCAAUAUUCAAAUGUAGAUUCUACAUAUGUCCUCAUUCCACAGACACGAAAUAGAAAAGGCCCUACAAACUGCUAGGCUUGUUUAGUCAGACCCUUCUGGAAGCUAUACUUUGCUGUUUGUACCUACCAUCCUAAGAUACAAGUAGUUGAAGACAACAUAUCAUUUAUUAAACAAUGAACUUUUCAUUUGUUAAAUGAUAAACUUUUUGCUAGACAUUUUACAUAUUAAGUAUUUUGACUACAUGGAUUCAUUUAUUUCUAUUAGGCAUUCUAAUAUUUAACAACUCUGUUAACAUAUUUAUAGAAAAUAAAAGCAAAUUGGUACAAAUUUUUAAGUAAUUAUAUUUUUGUAGAAAAAGAUUAGUGACAACCUAUAACCAUAAAGAUGCAUUUUGAACAUGAAAUAGAAAAUAAUGAUUCUUACAAAAUUUUGAAAAUGAAUGAAAAUUAAAUAGCAUGCAUGAUCAUAGAUUCUGCAUUAGAUAUUUUAUUUGGGAGAUUAAAAAAAUGAUGAACUUGAGUUUAUAGAGUUUGCAUUCUUGUGUUUAAAAUCUUUUUAAUGAGCCUUAUGAGUCUUGUUUUUAUUUAUUUAAAACUCAAAUUGGAGUUAUAUGUGUGCAAGGAAAUUAACUCUUGCAUAAAUUAUGAAAGAGAAUUUACAGAAAGUUGAAAUUAAGUUUUUAUUUUAAUUUUAUGUACUAGCCCUUUGUUAAAAGAAACAACCAUAUUUUUGCCAUGCCUAAGGGUGACUGAUACAUGAUGGAUGACCCUGUACUGUUGUAAAGAUCUAGCUUUAGAAACUGCCUUGUGUAUAGGCAUUUGAAUCAAACUAUUUUCUAAAUUUUUAAUAAUCUAUUUGACUGAAAUCAAAUUUUUGCUAAAGUGUCAGUCUUAACAUUAUACACUGUCUUUGCAGUGAGUUGGGCACUGGAGUAUGGUUUCUCACUGGUGUAAAGAGGCAGCUUUACUGCCGGUUACACCAUUUGUUACACACUGAGAAACAUUCUUUUCAUGGAGUUAAGUAGGGCAAAGUGUGUUGUAAUAUUUCAUGUUCUCUUUCACACUUGUGAGAAAAACAUGGUCCAAGAGAUACUUUUAAAAUAAAUAUUUGAACAUACUUCGGUUUCUAGGUUACUCUCUAUUUUAAGUUCAUUUAUUUAGUUUUAAUUGAUGUAAUAUUUGAAUUCCCCCAUCAGGUUACUCUUAACUCCAAGUGUAUUAAUAUUCAUUCAAAUAGGCUCUAAGUGAUUUAGUCUAUUGGGUGGAAUUGAGAGGUCCGUGGAAUUGUUGAACCGUACAUUACACUUCGUAGAAGACUAUGUAUGUGUUUUGGAUUCCGUGAGAAGCAAAACCAUGUACCUUUAUCAGAAAUUGUCAGUAUUUAUCAACAGAGACAAACCAGCACAAUAGUGAGAUCCAGGCCCUUCCUGUGUUCCAACGCCUGGGCACAAGUUCACCUUCCAGCCUUAACCUUGAGCAGCUUGGCUGAGGCACACUGAAGCUACUGAAAGUGAGUUCUGAUGUGAAACACAUGACAGUGUGAGAGCAAUGAACAGCCAGCAGGACCUGGAGCUGGAGGAGGCACCGCAGCUGCUUUUCCCUUAAAAGCCAUGAUGCUCCUCCCUGAAGUUUUCUCCGAAUCCUUCUUCCCUCCUAUCUCUUCUGCCUAAUACCCUAAAGACUUCACUGGCCCUCUCUCCCUUCUACCAACACUUUUCUUGGUCAACUUUUGAGGACUCUCCUCCCCUGUAAGCUUCCAGUCUUAUUAUGCCAAGUUUAGAAAUAUGUUUGUUCACUGAAAAAUGCAACGUGAUAAGUUUAAGUAGCUAUUACACAAACCAUAAUCUGCUAAGAGGCUGUAAUGUCAAAGCCGGUUAGUAUUAACAAGACUUGCUUACAACCUAAGGCAAAGCUAAUGUUAUGGCUUGGUUGAGAAGCAUCUAUAAUCUCUUAAACUGGUUUAACAAUAAGUGCUUGGCAACAUGUUUCAGCUGAGGAUUCAUGGGAGGCAUGUAAGUUAUCUAAAUGUUCUUCCCUAAGGCCCAUGACAGGAAGGAGGAGGAACUGACUAGCUCUGUGUUAGAAAGAUGUUCUAAGAAGGGGCGUUGGUGUGUGGCCGUGUUAUUGAAUCUUACCCUUUAAUUGAACAAACUCUGUUAUGGUCAUAUUUCUUUUGAAAGCAAACGUACCAGCGAAUGGAUCACUCAGGGUUUUUCCAAAGUAAACAAACACCCAAGGACUUGAGCCCUAUCCCUGUCUAGGCGACCCCUCAAACUGCCUCUCCUGGCUUUUAUGGUAAAUAGUACCUUUAUUGGAAGAUCCUUUGGGUAGCAGAGAACCGAAAGCAGUUGCUAAAGGUUGGUUGUUUGCAUUGAAGACGUUUACAUUGAUUCCCCCACCUUUCAUUUCAGGCCCUCUAUUUAAGACCAAAAACAAUGAGGAAUAUAUCUAAAUCACAAAGAUAAGUAAAUAUGAUACCUCUGGCUGAAAACUUGUUAAUCAUCUGUAUUUUUUUUCUUCUAUCUUUAUGCAGUUCUUUGUAGUUAAGUGUGCAUUUGUUGAAGUAUUUGCUACUUAUUCAUUAAUGAAGUCUAAAAACAACUGUAAAUAAAAUAUGCUAUAUAUUUUCUUGCUUGGUUUGCCUCUAGUUUGAUCGUGUCUACUUUUUUAGUUAAGGAGUUUUUGCAUAGAUAAUACUGUUACUAAAUUGUAUCUAGAAUGAAUUAUGAGGGGUUUUUUUAGCAAUUACUAGUAAGAAUUUGUAAUAAUAGUGACUUUUAGACAUGAAUUUAAUUUGAAAAAGUUACUUGAAAACUGCAGUAAAUGCUAUAGCUAUAGCUAUACAUUUUUCUCCCUGAGAACAUAUAGCAUUAAUUUUUGUCAAAGAUUUUUGAAAGUCUUUCAGAAUAUAUUAAACAUUUUGAGAACACAUUUAAUUUAUUUCCAUAAAGCUGAAGAACUUUUAUUUAUAAAAUGUAUGACUAGGUAAUUUAUAAAUCAGUGUUACUUAGAUUUUAUUAGCAAUUAAAGUAGCAAUUUAGUAUUAUUUAUUUUGGUUUCAGGUUGUGCUUUAUUUGGAAGGAUUAAUAACUCUCUCUAUAUAUUUCCCUUAAAUUUUUGAAAUGUUUGUAUACUUUGUAUGUGUGCCAUUUCAAAGUAUAUGCAAGUACCAAGCAAUAAUAUGCAUGUUAUACAAGGUUGGCAUAUUUUGUCAUGAUAAUAUCAUUUAAUAUUAAUUUUAAGAACAUGUAUAAAAUCAAUGUAUGUAAAUUACCCUCCCCCCUACUGAAAACCUUGGGAUUUUCCUGUGUUACAACACUACUAGAAUGUGGUGCAAAGCUUUGUAUUUUGUGGGAAAAAAAAUUAAUAAAAUCACAAUUAUUUAG